AUGGCAAAUCAACAAUGCAUAAAACACUUCCUUAAAUAAACUUAACAACUUUAAAAAAUAUAAGCAAUGGCGAAUAAAUAUAAGUAAUUCCUUCCGAAGUAGUAUUUAAUGAUAUAAAAGUUAAUUAAUAAUACGAAACCACUGUAAUAGUAAAAAAUCUAUGCAAAGUUCCCAAGAGGAUCAAAAUUAUAUAACCUAAAACAAAAAAAUUUCGGGUUGAUUAUGACACUUAAGGUUCUAUAGCAGCCGGAUUAUCCCUUAAACUGCAAGUUUAUUUCUUUUCAAAUGUCGUAGAGGAUUAAAAUGACAUAAUGGUAAUAUAAUAUGAGACUGAAGAUAAAAAAUAGGAAUUUUAAGUACACUUACAUGCCUUAUUCCCUCAAGCAAAUAUCGUUUUUGAGCCUUUUAUAAACAUUGAGUGUGUAAAAACAGACCAUGCUGUAGUAAAAAAAAUCUAAUUUAAAAAUGUAGGAAAAACAGGAGGAAAAGUAAGGCUUAAAUACGAUUAUAUUAACGAAAUUACAUGCGAUCCUAGUAAUUUUGCGAUUUUACCAGAUUAAGAAGUGGAAGUAAAAAUGA